AAUGAAAAUUGAAUAUAUUCUUCAAACUAUAUUCAUCAUUGCGUUCUUAAAUCGUGCAGAUGGCCGAAAUACGAUUUUAUGCUUCGGUCACAGGGUGGAAGUGAAGUGCCUUAAAAACUUCGUACUUCGAAUAGAUUUUGUCUUCCAUGGAUAUGACCCUAGAGAAAAAGUUGUGUGCUCUGCUCAACCUAAAGAAAACAAGGAAUUAAGGUUAAGAGAUCAUUCCGCCAAAGAAUAUGUCCUAGAAAUGUGUCGUAUGAAAGAAACAUGUGCUUUAGAGUAUAAAAAGAAAACAUUUUCUAACACUGAAUAUCCUCCUUAUACUUAUAUUAUGGUUUUCUACACAUGUAUACCUGGCUACGUCGAAACCACCAUUCCAACAACUUUUAAAACUACAAAAUUUGUAAAUUUAAAAACAACUGCAAAUAUGAGCUCUCAAGAAUUUAACAAUGUUUCUGGAAGCCCAUCACUAUUUACAACUGAAGAAGACAAUAGAUCAACAAAAAUAAGACCUAUUUCUUCCCAAACUACGGCUGAAGCAGACGAAUCAAAACCUACUACACCACUAUCCGCAACGAAAAACACAUCAGAGAAACUCUCAACUGUUAAAACUACCGAUACACCGACCACUAAACAUCACAUAACGGUGAAAGAGUCUUAUACCGAAUGUCUAUCAAUUAGAAGUCAUGAUUUAUUUUGGGGAGGUGUCAACGUUUCUUUGUCGGAAAAAUUCAAAAUUAUCAAAGCCAUCUGUCCAGAUAAGAAAAAUCAAGCAGAACGGCUCUGCGUUUAUAAUGAAGGUUGGAAAAACCCAAACACUUCAAAAUGUAUUUCACCAGCCACUUCACGCCUAUUAGAUCAAUUAAAAAAAGAAAAUAUUCAAGCUGAUGAGGCUGCAUUGGAAAUUACGAAACAAACGGAUAAUGUUCAAUAUGCUGGUGAUAUUGAGGUCUUAUCGGAAAUUCUUGAGCGAAUAUCUUCGGAUGUUCAAGAUUCUUCCAACCAAUCAAUUGUUGAACAGAUCACAAUUGCAGUUACACAAUCUGUCAGCAAUUUGCUUGACGAAGAUAAGAAGAAUACUUGGAUGGAACUGUCUAAGAACAUGAAAAAUCAAAUUGCUAGUAAUUUAAUGCUUAGCGUUGAAAAUUCUGCAAUGAAAAGAGGAAAGUUUGUAGAUCAAUCUAAAAAGAUUAAUCCUAUUGUUACUGUCAAUUUAGAGAUUAAUAUCGUCCAAAAAAAUUCAUUUAUUGAAGAAUAUAAGUUUUUUCCUUCUACUUUAAAAGAUGAUUCGAUUAACAGCAAGGAUAUUAAUGAAAUAAUCGUUCCUCGAAAAGCAAUACCUGUUGCUAGUAUACAAGACGACACUUUUCCCAUUGUCUUUACUGAAUAUUCGAAUGUAGAAUCUUAUCUCUCACCAUCAUCUGGAGAGAGGGAUGCAUCCAAGAUAUUUGUUAAUAGUAAAGUUAUAGGAGCUGCACUUCCAAAAAAUUCCUCAAAGGAUUCGACAAGUUUAGAGAGCGAUAUUUUCUACAUUAUGCAAAAUAAAAAUACUUCAGAAAGUGGGAAAAUGUUGUGCUCUUUUUGGAAUUAUUCAACAUCAAAUUCUGGAGGAAGUUGGUCCGAAUAUGGAUGCUAUCAAGAUCACAAAAGUAGCAAUAAAACUCAUACAAAGUGUAGAUGCAAUCAUCUCACCAAUUUCGCAGUUUUAUUAGAUAUUUCGGAUGUUGAUUCAAAGCUCUCCGAAACUCAUCGAUUAAAUUUAAUGAUAAUAACUUAUGUUGGAUGUUCAAUUUCUAUAGUUUGCUUAUUUCUCUCAUUUGUAUGCUUUGUAGCUUUCAGACGAAAUUUGAGCAAACCAUCUUUAGGAUCAACAACAAAUCUCAUUAGAAUAAAUCUUACAUUUACUAUAAUGAUAGCUCAACUAAUUUUUUUAACAGGAAUCUCACGAACAAAUGAUCAGGUACCAUGUAUCAUCAUGGGAGGGCUUUUGUUUUACUUUUUAUUGUCUAGUUUCACAUGGAUGGGUCUUCAAGGUGUAGCUAUGUAUAUUGUUGCUGUGAGUGUUUUUGACACAACGUCAUCGUGCUUAAAAUAUAUAUUUCUAUUAAUUGGAUAUGGUUUCCCUAUUGUCAUUAUUGGAGUCACCGCAGGAUUUGAUCACACAGCUUUUAAGUCCGAUAAAUAUUGUUGGUUAAAUGAUCGAAUGAUUUGGGCUUUUAUAGUUCCUGUCUUGACAGUUAUAAUUAUAAAUUUUGUGAUGUUGUUCAUCGUCCUCUCUAAAAUCUAUGGCGUCAGUAAAGGAUCUAAUACCAAACGUGUGGAUGAUAAAGUUCAAAAGAAGCGAUACCUAUCAAUGGGUAAAGCGACUAUUUCGCUCCUAUUUGUUUUCGGUUUAGGAUGGGUGUUUGGAUUUUUAUACAUCUCUCGUGAUUUUGUUUGGGCCGCAUACGUGUUUACUGCUUUAAAUAGUUGCCAGGGUGCAGGCAUAUUUAUAUUUCAUUGUGCAAUGGAAAAGACAAUUCAAGACAGUUUUAGAAAUUGGUUACGCAGACAGGAGUGGAUAUCACAAGAAGGAAUCUUGCAGCAACAUUCAAAGAAAUUUCUACUGCCAAGUAACAUUACGGAAAGAAAUUCAACAUCAGUACAAGCUUCUGGUGAUGGAUACUUAUCACCUGAAAUGUGUAAUUCAUGUAAAAAGGAUCCAGGAAAUAUUCAUAAUUGUCUAUCAUGUUCUCAAGAUACCUUGGAUAUUUCUUCAGUAUCAGAUCAUAAAAUAACCCCUAUUUCUAGUUCUGAAUUGGAUUUGAACAAAACAUGCGAUCCUAUAUAUGAAAAAAUGCCGGAUACCAGUCAAGAAGAUUCAUUUAUAGAAAGCGAAAUUGAAGAAAACAUAAUUGAUGUAAAUAAAUAUAUCCUCUUGGAUAAGACUACACUCCAAGAGAGUAAUAUUGGCUGUCCUGCUAAAUCAAACGAGUUCGAUAAUGUGAAAUCUGGGCAGAAUGAUUUAAAUAAGACGCAAGUGAAUCCUAGUCUAAAUGUCUCUCUCCGCAACAUGAACUAUUCAAAUUCGCACAACACAAUGGAGUCGACACCAGCGAAUCUGACAGUGGGAUCUAACUCUAGUGUCGAUUCAAAGAUAAAAUUUUCAUAG